GAUCCGAAGGUACUACUUCCUGUUUCUGUUGUGCCUGUGUACAGAAGGAGUAUAGCCAACUGAAAGCAUUUAAUUUUGGGUUUUUGUGAUAAACAGACCUCGCAGAACUUCAAGGAAACAAUGAUUGAAGUAGUUUGCAAUGACCGCUUGGGCAAGAAAGUCCGAGUUAAGUGCAACUCAGAAGACACAAUUGGAGAUCUGAAGAAGUUGAUAGCAGCACAAACAGGGACCAGGUGGGACAAGAUUGUGCUGAAGAAAUGGUACACGAUAUUCAAGGACCACGUGAGUCUGGGAGACUAUGAAAUUCACGACGGGAUGAAUCUGGAGUUGUAUUAUCAGUAGGAAGAAGAGGGCUGUCCCUUUCCCCUUCACCUCUUGACCUGCUCGCCCCCCCC